AUGCUUUUCAAGUCCCUUGCACUAGUGGCUGGUGCCAGUCUCGCGGUGGCCGACAGCACCGUCACCCUUUUCUUGCCUGGCUUUGACACUCAGUCAAUCGACGCGAAAAUCCUUGGUUCGACCAGCUCGUUGACUACCUACCUGCUCAACUGUCCGCCCAACGAGGACUCGAAUAGCUGUGGUCUCCCAGAUAAUGGAUACACAGUCACCGCGGGCUCUUCCACCGUAAUCUAUAACGUGUCCUACGACUCUGAGAAAAUUGCCGAAACCUGCAAGUUGGACGGAACCACGUCCGCCACCUGUUGGGCAACGGUCGUCUCUGGCACCUCGACCUCAUCCGAGUCCGAGGCGUUUGGAAUCGCAACCAUCCCCUACGGCGGAUUCCAAGCCGUCCACGUCACGGCGACUCAGACCGGCGGUGCAGCGGCUUCGACCGGUGCUUCGGCUUCCGCAUCCACGGCCAGCUCAACUGGCUCUGGUUCUACGACCACCGGCACCAGCACUGGAACUGCUUCGCAGAGUGGCAAGACUGCGACUUCUGCUGCUAGCACGACCGCUUCGCACUCUUCUAAUGCGGCUAUGCCUAUGAUGACUGGGAAUGGUCUAUGGGUUGCCGGUGGUGCUGCCGCUGCUCUGGCUCUGAUCGCUGUUUAA